UUUAAUGUAGUAAACAUAUUUUUUUAUAAACAUAUAUCGUAUUAUUGUGAUUAACUUAUAUAGAAAUAUUAGUGAAGUAAGUGGUUAAAAAAGUAGCGAUAUCUUAUCAAUAAAUAUAAAUUCAAGGAAUAUAUAAUUUUUAUCCUGAAGGUCCGUCCCAUUUGCCUCGAUAUAACGUGCUUAUUGUAAGCGCAUUUUUUUAACAAAAAACUACAAACGAAGUUGUACACCUUUCUACUGAUUACUUCACUGAAAACUACUUGGACACAAAAUUUUAAAACAUCUACAAAUUUGGAACAAAACAUCUUAUUUUUGUCACAGAAUUGUUUUACUUUAAAAUUUUACUAUAUGCACACCUGUCAAUGAAAAUUCCUGUACACCGCCUAUCCAAGCACUAAAAACACUAGACCGGCUUUCCCCUCAAUACUGGACUGGUUUUUGGUUAAUCCAUAUUGUAUUACUUCAUAUUCGAUACAUUUGUAACAAAUAUCAAAACAUACAAUGUCGGAUAUUUUUACAAAUUUCGAUAGCAACGGCGCUUACGACGACUCCCAGGACUUCAUUAUGGCAUCGCCCUCACAAAGUAGUCCUUUGACCAACUCGAACUCCAAUUCUGUUGGAAUUAUUUCGACCAAUGCCAAUAAUACAAGUGGAGGCAGUGGUAGCGCACAAACUCCAAAUUCUGGAAAUUCAAGCACCAAUGGAACAGUUGGUGGCAGUGGGGGAAAAACAAGUGGAGGAAUUGAAAACCAACCCAUUUUGACAAAACCAAGAUUACUUGAGCUAGUGCGUGAAGUGGAUGUCACCGCACAACUUGAUGAAGAUGUUGAAGAACUCUUGCUACAAAUAGCGGAUGAUUUUGUUGAGGAUGCAGUAAAGGCGACAUGUGCGUUCGCAAAACAUAGAAAGGUUUCCAAAGUGGAAGUACGGGAUGUUCAACUACAUCUAGAACGCAAAUGGAACAUGUGGAUACCUGGGUUCGGUACAGAUGAGUUGCGGCCAUAUAAACGUGCAGCUAUUACAGAGGCACAUAAACAACGAUUAGCACUUAUACGUAAAACAAUAAAAAAAUAUUGAACUUUUCAAAAACAAAAACUUUAGUUCUUAAGUUUUUUUUUCAUGAAAAUAGAUUUUGCAUUUUGUUCAUAUUAGGAUAAUAAAAAAUUCUGUUUGAAA